AUGUCCGGCGAAGCGUGGCUCUACCUGUUGUCGGUGUUGAUCAACGCCGUCAACCUCUUCCUGCAAGUCUUCUUCACCAUCAUGUACAGCGAUCUGGAGUGCGACUACAUCAACCCCAUCGACCUGUGCAACCGCCUCAACGCCUACAUCAUCCCCGAAGCCGCCGUCCACGCCUUCCUGACCUUCCUAUUCGUCAUCAACGGAUACUGGCUCGCAAUUUUCCUGAACCUGCCGCUUCUCGCCUUCAAUGCGAAGAAGAUCUACGACAACCAGCACCUGCUGGACGCGACCGAGAUCUUCCGCAAGCUGAAUGUGCACAAGAAGGAGUCGUUCAUCAAGCUGGGUUUCCACCUUCUCAUGUUCUUCUUCUAUCUGUACAGCAUGAUCGUUGCCCUCAUCCGUGAUGAGGGCAACUGA